CAAGUUCAUGGAGUUACAUGAUUUGUUCAACUUGAAAAAAAAAUGAAGCAAGCAAACAUUCAAAUGAAAAGACACAUACAAAUUAUGCUGACAUGCUAAGUAUGCACUUACAAUAUAAUGCCACGUUUAUAUGGUUGGUAGAUAUGAAUGCAUGGAAAUAAAUAUAAUAAACAUCUUGUGUGUGCGUGUGUGUGUGUGUGUGUGUGUGUGUGUGUGUGUGUGUGUGUGUGUGUGUGUGUGUGUGUUUGCAGACUGUAAAGCUCUGCAGCUGACCCCUUCUCCAUGCCUCCCUGAGUACCGCUACGCUCCCGUACGUGACCGCUUCGGCCGGUGCGUGAUAAAGCCGUCGGCUCCCAUGUGUGCAGAUGACGAGUGGUCAGGGAAAUGUCCCAGUGGAUGUCGUGUGGCCGGCUUGCUAGAUGCCACAGAGGCAGACAUCCACUCGCGCCUGGCACAGAUCUGUACCCGGGCUGAUGAGCACCACACCGCCGCCACCACAGCCAUGCUCACAAACGUAGCUGUCUACAACACCCACCGGAGUGUCAUAGUCAAAACUUACAUGAAUGAGCUCAGGUAUGCAGAGAGGUUUGAGAGCCUCCAGAGGAACCUGACCCAACUGCAGAGGCGCUCCACACAACUCAACAGGAGACUACUCAAGCUACACAGCCUCGUACAGGAACAGAUACUCGACAUGAGGCGACUUGAGGUGGACAUUGACAUCAAAAUACGAGCUUGCCAUGGGUCGUGCAAAUACACCUUCGAACAUCGCAUCGAUCUGGACGCCUACACGAGCAUGGAGAGUGAGCUGGCCGGCUUUAACCUCUUCACUGCCAAGAAGGCUGCGUCCCCUGCCGACAUCAGGAAGCUCACCCUGCAGCCGGUGGUCCGGCCGCCUGUCUCCGGGGAGUACAGGAGAAUGCACAUAGUCCGCAAAGAGUUCCUGACGCAGUUCGAGGACAUAGACCUGAACCAAGUGGUUCUAGAGGACCUUUUAAACGAAUUGGAACUAGAAUAGGCCAGACCAGAUAUUUUUGUUUCAUAGUCAGGCUUUAGUUCACAACAUUUUGUAAGGGCCCACACAUAGACUUACAUGAAGUGGUGCUAUAGGACCCUUUAACCCAUUGAUGCCUGAUGUUGCAUUUCGCAACAUUGGCCCUGGCGCCUGGAGCUGCAUUACGCAACAUUCAGGCUCAUGAGAUUUGAGACAACUUUAUUAAAAAUCUCUGUUUGUUUGAGAUGAAUGAACACAUUCUAAUGAAA